AUGAAGGCUGUCUCUGCUGCUGCUCUUGUUGCCCUCGUCGCUGGUGUUUCGGCCCAGUCGGUCGCUCCUUUCAGUUACGGAACUCCCAGUCCCAACUACCCUGGUGUAAAGGGCACCAACAGGAACGGCCCCACCAACCCUUCCUCUCCUCAGCUCAACACGCCCAUCAACCAGACUUCCGAUUCUCGUCUCGCUUCCCUCAACUCUGUUGAGGACUGGUGUACCUUUGGCCCUCAGGUUCCUGGUACGAUCAUCGGCAACGUCGAGGGUGAGACCGUCGCUUACUGCACAAAGCCUCGUAACAAUGCCCGUGUAAUUCCCGACGGAACCGUGACAGGUGCUCACUUUGUCAAGACUCCCCUCUACGUUCAGCUCAUGGCGCUUGGUGACUUUACCAAGAUCGGUCUCGUUCCCGGUGACGAAGGUGGUGAGCUCGACCCUCACGGUGCUACCAACAUGGGCAACCCCGUCGGCGGUAACGUCACCUCCAACGUUUCCGGUGAGGACGUCUUCUACGAGGAAUGGAUGAACUAUGUUUCCUACAACCAGAUCUGCUUCCGUAUCUGCAUCGCCGGUUCUGAGCAGGCUCCCACCGCUCUCGAGUGCCAGCACGAACUCGACGUCAUGGGUUGCAACUUUGUCAUGCCCGGUAACUACGCCGACAACGUCUUUGAGACUUGCGACGGUGACGCCGCUUACCCACCUGGUCUCUACCCCGACGGCAACGGACGCACCUCGACCUUCCAGCAGUUUUUCACCGGCGAAUACGUGGUGGCCGGUACCACCUACUCGUACACUAACGGUGCCGCUGACCAGGUCACUCCUACCGCUGCUUACUCAACCCCCAGCACCUCGAACUGCAAGACCACCGCCUCGAUUUCGAACGGCAUCAAGUCGAUCGUUCCCUCGUCGUCCGCUGCUCCUACCUCGUCUUCUUCCGCCUCGGCCUCGGGCUCCAUGGCUACUUCGGCUCGUGGUUCCAGCUCCGCCCCCCGCUCCAGCGCCACCACUUCUGGCUCCGGAUCGUCCAACAGCAACAGCAGCAGCGGCAACGGCAGCUCCUCUGGCGCCUCCUCGGUCGCUGCUUCCGCUUUCGGCAUCUUUGCCUCGCUUGCUGCCGCUGCGGUCGGUGCUUACCUCCUCUGA